CAGAAAAGGGGUGGAGGGGAGGGGAGCUGUGUUGCGUGGGUGGAGCUGGUUUUCAACUAGAAGAAGAGAGAGAGAGAAUCCACAUUCCAGAAUCGAUUAAAAGGCUCCUCAGCAAGUCUCGUAGCUUGGUGCAGGAGUUCCAGGGGCUUUGGUGGGCGGUUACCUUGGGGCGUUGAUAAGAACCCCCUUCCCCCAACCCUUUCCUCACGCCAGCGGCACCCUCUCAUGGAUAUCCUGUUGCUCACGGCUAAUGUCGGCUCCCUGUUUGACGAUUUGGAAGGCCUGCGGGUUAUUUGGCUUCAGGAAUUUUACCAGGUGGUGAACAAGUACAAGCCCCACUUCCUUGCCGUACACUGCCAGGAGAUCGGAGGGAAGGACUAUGAGGUUGGCAUGGAGCACGUGGACAAGUUUGUAACGGAUCUGCUUGGCAGCCGCGAGAUGGUGGACUACACCAGUGCCCGUGUCUACGUUGACAAAGACCUCUCUGCCCACGACCAUUUCACCGCUUUGGGAAGUCUAUAUUUCCUGCACAAGUCCAUUCAAGAUGUCUCCCAGUUUGAUUUUAAAGUUCAGGAAUUUCAGGCGGUAUCUGGGAAAGAGAUCCACACUGCCGGCCUGGAGAACCACGCCAUGAUCGAGAAGGAGAAAUUCCCCCAGGAUUUCUGGCCUGAGUUUAAAUGGUCUCGGAAAGGCUACAUCUGGACUCGCUGGAAAUUCCAGAAUCGCGUGUUUGACCUGGUGAACAUCCACCUCUUCCACGACGCCUCCAACCUCGUGGCAUGGAAAAGUCCCUCCACCUUCCCAGGAAACCGGAGGAAGGCCCUGGGAUACGUGCUGAGCAGGAUCACAGAUGGCCGUUACAAGAGGGAGCCCUUCUUUAUUUUCGGAGACUUUAACGUACGGCUGGACGCACAGAGAGUGGUUGAGAGUCUAUGCAGCACGGCUUCUGUGGAGACUGUACUGAACAGAGACACAGAGGAUGUGAAAAAGGUCAUCUUUCAGGAGAGGGACAACGAUCACAAGGUGCUGCUGCGGAUAGAGUCGAAAACCUUUGAUUAUUUCGACCAGGAUGUCUUCCGCCACAACAACGGGAAAGCGCUCCUGCAGUUUGACAGGGAGCUGACCACCUUCUUCAAUCAGGUCUGCGAACUGGACAUCGAGUUCCCUCCCAGUUACCCGUACAGUGAAGUCAACACCGAGGGCACGCAGUACGCCACCACCCGCUGCCCGGCUUGGUGCGACCGCAUUCUCAUGUCUCCCGGCGCCAAGGAGAUUGUCGCCAAGGCAAAGUACGUGUAUGACCUGGUGGGGCCGUCGGUCUGUAUGGGGGAUCAUAAGCCCGUCUUCCUGUACUUCAGGACCAGCGAUUGGAUGGAGACGGAGACCUCCGAGACAACAUGACUGGGAUCCCUCCCUCCACCAGAAGGAGAGAAUUGAUGCCCCCCCACCCACCCACCCACUCACCGCGGUGGGCCAUCGGGAUUUGACCCGUCAGGCUUUGAAGCCGACCAACGGACUGUCCGCCAUCUUACAGCCCCUGACUCAUUCCCCCCCCGCCAACCCCGCACCCCGUUCCCUCCCAAUAUCUUUGCCCUCUACAACGCUGGAUCACGCCAAGAGCUCAACUGGACCGUCAUGAGACUGACGUCUCCUGAGUAGCUAGGGCCUCCGACCCUUCUCACCAAUGUCCACCUCCCCCACAUUCCCCCCAACAAACCACCCACCUCCACGGUCAGAGCUGAAGGCAGCCUGGAACCAGCUCUUACAGUCCCGCUCAGCCUGAAUGAUGACUCCUUGCUCCCCUCUUUCAUUCUUUGCGUUCUCAGUUGAACUCGUUCCUGACCUAUUUUUGACCUCUGCCUCUUUCUGCCCCCUCCCUCGUCAGUUGGGAGGAUUUCAGUCUUCAGAGCUCCCCUCAGAGUUGGGGGGAGUCAUGUUGAGGUUGUACAGGACAUUGGUGAGGCUUCGUCUGGAGUACUGCAUUGGUUUUUUUUUUUGGCGGCUCUGUUUUGGGAAGGACGUUACGAAACUGGAGAGGGCUCCGAACAGAUUUACCAGGAAUGGCGGGUCUGAGUUACAAGGAGAAUGUCUGGGACGUUUCUCUCUGGAGCGUAAAAAGGGUUACCUUCUAGAAGUGUAUAAAAUCAUGAGGGGUCCAGAUCAGGUGAACGGCAGGGGUCUUCCCCCCCAGUUGGUGGGGGGGAGGUGGGAUUUCACCUGGGGGGGUGUAUUUUGAAGGUGAGAGGGGCAAGAUUUAAAAAGGACUUGAGGGGCAAUAUUUUUUACACGGACGGUCAUUUGUAUGUGGAAUGAACAUCCAAGUAGAGGAUGGGGAUCCAAGUACAAUGCUUAAACGGCAGUUGGAUAGGUCCAUGAUUCCGAAAGGUUUGGAGGUUUAGGGGCCAGGAGCAGGCAGGAGGGACUAGUUGAGUUUGGGAUUGGGGUCAGCGCGGACGGGAUGGGCCGAAGGGUCUGUUUCCCUGCUGUCUGACUCCACGAGGUGCCAAGCAGAGUGUGUUUCACAGGGGAAUAGGGAAGCUACUGCGUUGCUGAGGGGUCUGGAGUCACGUGUCGGGCCCAGAUCAGGUCAGGGUGGCCAAUCUGUCCAUCUAAGGGGAUAUCAGUGACCCAAAGUGAGGGUAUCGCACAGGAUGCCCUCAAUGAACUCGACUGAGGAAGGUAUUUUCUUUAUCAACAAAAAAUCCCCAGGAUUGAGCCCUCGCCCGCCAUCCCCCAACCCCAAGUCUGUCUCUCACCCAACCUUCUCCCUCCACCCCAUGGCCACUCAUAUGUCGGUGUGCCAACCAAUGCCAGUCUAAGCCACCAUUUGCCCCCCCGUACCCUUACCCACACCAGGGGCUCAUUACGCCCUCCUUGACCUGACUUGUAGUCCAUCGUAACCCCCACCCUCUCACCUCGCUGUCACUGGUCUUUAUUUUGCCCUUAAUGCCAACUCCGCCAGUCGCCAUCCAGGAGCCGGGUCAGGGAUUCCUUACCCGUGUCCCUCCGCUUCCGAAGCCAAGCUCGGACUGAGGCGUUCCCGUCCUGUCCUCCGAGAAACGGGUGGCAUGGAGCGGGAGCUGACGCCAGCCCAUUCAGACUGCCCUGCCAACCAACACGCUGGCACCUUAGAUUACUUACAGUGUGGAAACAGGCCCUUCGGCCCAACAAGUCCACACCGACCCGCCGAAGUGCAACCCACCCAUACCCCUACAUAUACCCCUUACCUAACACUACGGGGAAUUUAGCAUGGCCAAUUCACCUGACCCGCACAUCUUUGGACUGUGGGAGGAAACCGGAGCACCCGGUGGAAACCCACGCAGACACGGGGAGAACGUGCAAACUCCACACAGUCAGUCGCCUGAGGCGGGAAUUGAACCCAGGUCCCUGGCGCUGUGAGGCAGCAGUGCUAACCACUGUGCCACCGUGCUGCCCUAAACCUUUAAACCUGCUCUCUUUCUCUCUAUAACCUGGCACGUUGCCACUCGUCUGACGUCCAUCCAUCGCCACCUUCAACGCCCUCAAAAGCCGGGCUUCCUCAUCUUCCCGGGUUACGGAAUUCCAAAGCCUCUCUGCCCUCCCGUCUGAGAUAAGGAGAGUGGAUGUGCGCCCAACCGCCUGGAUACAAUAACAGGGCUGGAGGGGCUGAACGGCCUCCUCCUGUUUCCACACUAAGGACAGUCUGACAGGAGUAUGAGACCCACCAUCCCACACAUCAGGACGAUUUUGGAGGGCUCCUUUAUUGAGCCUGGUCGCCUAACUGGGUUCAUCAAGAUUUGCCCACCAUCACUUCCUCUCCCCCCACAUAGCGUGCCAAUCAGAGAUUGGCUUUGGAAAGGGAGCAAUCAGAGGCUGUUUCUAGUUCAGCGUCCACUGCGGGCCGAAUGCCCCCUUUUUAUUCCAUGUAUUUUGUACCAUAUUGGCUGAUUGCUGUUUAUAUAACCCCACUGUGAGUGCCUCCUGUAUUUAUAUCAUCUGUCUGUACAUUGUACCCGUCCUGACUUUGUAAAGAACUGUAAUAAAUUCCAACAAGAACCUGUUGAUUUGCAAACAG